CCACCAAAUCAAACGAACCGAACGGCUCUUGAGGUUGAUAUUCAAUUUGCGAACGCACUUUUCUUAUAUAACUGAGGAAAAUGUCGACCACAACAUAUGUGACCUCGGCGCCGGUCACUGUACAGCAGACCAAUUACCUCACUGGACAAGAAACGCAGACCACGUACAUCACCACCGGCAGGGCUCCACCGCCACCGCCGCCCGACGUCAGUGUCAAUGUGGUGAUCGUUAACCCGGGUGGUCGCUGGAGCAAAACUGCAACGAAAACUGGAACAGCAGCCACCUUUGCAUUCGUGUGUGCUGGACUGGACAUGGCCCAGGGUCUGGGCUGGAAUUUGAACGGAAAUGUGGCGACCACCCUGGAGUUCCAGUACAGUUGGUUCAUCGGAUUCAUCAUUGGAGCUGUUGUUUCCGCUCUGGCGGUGUCUUUUCUCCCCAAAAUGAUCUUCUAUGGUUUGGGCAGUAUUAUGAACCUGAUCGAUGCCAUUAUAUUUGUGAGUGCCCCGUACGAGUACGAGUCCAUUUUGGCCGCCCGCUACUUGGGCGGCGUGGGCAUCGGCCUGAUCACGGUGCCCUUCAUCAUUCACAGUGCGGAAAUCUCCGGCAGCAAUAGUCGCGGCACCUGCGCCGCCUUGGAGCAGUACGGCCUCAGCCUGGGCAUCGCCAUUCAGGUGAUCUACGACUCGCAGUGGGCAGGUGAUCUGGGCAUGGCCGUGAAUCGGGUGCACGGCAUCUUUGGCAUUGUCUUCUCCGCCAUUGCCUUGGGCAGCGUGACCAUGGCCAUCGAGUCUCCCAUAUUCUACAUUCGACAGAACCAGGAGGAUAAGGCGCGGGCCAGCAUUCGGCGACUCUUGGACAGCUGGUGGACCGUCGAGAGGGGCAAUCAGGCGUACGAGGAGGCCAAGCUGUAUGUCGUGGAGGGCACCAGCCAGGGCGUGGGCGAGCAGGUGGCCGAAUCCGUGAUGCCCUUCAUCAAGAUGCUCUUCUUUCGGUGCUUUGUGGCCUUCGCCAUGUCACUGCCACUCUCCUAUUCCAUAGAGUCGAGCAGCUAUGUGUACGAGGGCACCGCCUACGCCUGGCCGAGCAUUGUCUUUGGCGCACUCCGCCUGCUCGGAUCCCUCCUCACGCUGGUCAUUCUGGACACAGUGGGCCGCAAGUUCGUCUCGCUGCUCGGCCUCAUGUGCAUGGCUGGCCUGAUGCUGGGCAUGGCCGGAGUCUAUGGGGAUUACGUGAACAUCCUGAGCCCCUACUACAUGCGGCAGGUGAGCAAUCUGGGCAUUGCCCUCCAGUUCUUCGCGGGCAUCUAUGUCUGCAGCUCGUCGGCCUAUCUGGGUGAGGCUUUCCCUCUGCGAGUGAAGCCCUUCCUGAUAGGCCUGAUCGUGUGCGUCGAACAGGUGAUCCACAUCGUUGUGAUUGCCACAUUCACCUCCGCCACGUCCGAGUACUUCUACAACUAUUUUGUGAUAGUGGGCAUUAUCCUCGUGGUGGGGUUGGUGGCCUUCGCCAUUCUCAUGCCGGAGACGCGCGGCACGACGCUGCGGAAGGCUGGCGAGCGCUUCCGACGAGUGCAUGAUGUCAUGGCCUACUAGUUGUACCUACUAGUGCGUCUUCUAUCAUAUGAAUUCAAUAAAUUCGAGACACUUGACAAUGUU